AUGGUCUUACGUUGCCCCGGAACCGCUGAAACCUCGUCUGUGAGACGGCAAGGAUAUUCAUUCAUCAUUGCUUGUGUUGGUGUUGGUAAUGUUAGUCAACUCUGCAUGGACGUUUUGAUUUCGACACUUAUGCCUACUUUUACGUGCUAUCUUGACUCUCCAUUUAUCCCUCCUCUUGUUGGACCCGCUCCUUACUCGGAGAUAGUGUCCUCUCCCCCCUUAGCUUGCUCUCUAGAGCUUUAUGAUGACAUCUCAAGACAGUUAUCGUUCCUGCAGGUUCGAGCACCAGUUUUUUCAGGUUGCCGCAGUCGAUUUGCUGCAGACCUUGUCGAAUUUAUCUUAACCGAAGGGUUUUCUUCAGUUGUUCUUCUCUCGAGCAGCUUUGCAAUGACUCGCAAGGAUAGACAGCUGAGAGGUCCUCCCUUGCAAUACGCUGCAUCGAUGUCAGCAAGUACCGAAGAUAUAGAAUCGCUUUCAAGUCUCGGUCUAUCUGAGUUGUUAGAGGAAGCAGUGCUAGACGGCGAUUCUGUCGACAAAUUGUCUCUGAAUCUUCUGGGAUCUGGAGUCGCGCUGCCACUUUUUUAUGCGUUGAAAAAGAAUCAGACUAUUUCGACGUUCCUGUUAAAUACCUUCACUUGUGACGGAGACAACCGUGAUGAUGCCUUAUUUAUGGCACACGCACUCAAUAGCUUGUUAAAAGCGUUUCCUUCCGAUUUUCCUGUUUCGUGGAAGACACCCGGAAAUUGGAGGAGGCUUUAUGGAACCGCUGUCGAUCCUCUUUUGUAUUGA